UGACUGUAUGACUGUCAGCCAAUGGAAUCGUUGGACACUAUGUUUUGAACGUUAAAUAGUGGGACAAAAGCAUAACAUUGAGUCAUAAAACGUCUGAUUAUUAUUCAAAUAAAACGAUUGCUUUUUCACACAAUUGUCGCACAUUUUAACCACUCAUUUGACCAAAUUAUCACCAAUUGGUUCAUAAAAUCAUUAUAUAUAUAUUGAUUACAAAUAUUGUCAUACAUUUUGUAUAAGAUAUGUCUUCAGAAAAGAAGAAAAGGUCGGAUAAGAAGACUGAAAACGUGGCCAUCGGUGGUGAUAGCAAUGAGUCAGAAGUGAAUCAAUUGAGGAAACGUCUCGAAGAGUUUGAAGAGAGACACCAAUUGAUUAAAACAGAGUUCGACUCAUUGAAGGCUAUUAAUGAAGAAUUGACGACAAGACACGAAAAGACUAUCAAAGAGCUGAAACUUGAUAUCAAAAUUGUCAACAAAGAUGUGGAAAAAUACAAACAACUCUAUAAUUAUGUACGAAAAGAGAAAAGCGAUUUAAGUGAACAAAUCAAAACUAGAAACACAACCGAAGAUCAACUCGAAGAACGACUUAAGGAAAAGGAUGAACGAAUUCAACAGCUUAUCAAUGAAUUGGAUCAAAUCCGCAAAGAUUUGGAUGACAAACAACAUAAACAAUCGAUAGUGAAGGAAGGAUACGAAGAUCGGAUCCGAUCGCUCUCUAAUGAGACAAAGACACUUAGAGAUCAGCUGAACAAAGAGCUUAAUUGGAAACGAAAAUAUGAAGAGUCUUCGCUAAAAUGUGAAACCAAUUCAAACAAAUUAAUGGAACUUCAGAACCAAAUGAGAGAAUUGGAGAAUAAAUUGUUUGAAAAGGACAGACAAAUUGAGACCAAAGACAAUGAAAACAAAAAGUUGUCGAAUAAAUGCAAAAUACUUGAGACUCAAUGCGAGAAAAUGGACACUCAAUUGAAUCAAUUUCAAAACAAAUAUAAAGGUCUUGGAGUUCAAAAACAGAAAUUAAUAGCAGAUAAGGACAGCACAGUAUCGGAAGUAAAUAAACUAAAUAAAGAAAUCUGUAAUCUUCGGAAUCAAUUGGAUGCCGUCGAUAAAGAAAGAGAGGAUACAAUGGCUGAACUCGAGUCACAACGAGUCCAUUACGAAGAGUUGAUUAAAACUGAAAGACAAAAAUUGCUGACCACUGAACAAGAGUUUCAAAGUGAACGCCAAAAAACUCACAAACUUGAAGAACGCUUCUCAGCUCAGGAACAGAAUAUUUAUACCAACGAUGAGACUAUCAUUGCUUUGGAUAAAAAAGUGAGUCAACUCGAGGAACAAUUGAUUGCUAUUAAAGAAGAAGCGGCGUCUCAUAUCACCACUAUUGGCCAUUUAAAAGAAACUAACGAUAAGCUUAAGUCAUAUAUUAAUGUGGCCAACGAUAAUAUCGAUGAUUUAGAAGGAAGACUCAUAUCCAUUGCCAAUGAUAGAGAUGUCAAAGAGGAUGAAAUAAAUCAGUUGCAUAUCCGCUCUGAACAGACAAUUAAACAGUUAAAGAAUGCUAUAAUGCAUUUGCAACAGAAAUAUGAUUUCUUAGAGAAGAAGCAAAAGAAGAAAUUUAUGGGUUUAGCGCUGACACCAAAAAAGAAGGGUUCGGCCGACUAUGAUAUCAAUUGUCCCAUCGAUUUGGACAAAGCAUUGGCAGAAGAGAAAGCUAUCAAUAAGAAAUUGCUCGAAGAGUUAACUAAACUUAAGAGUGACGCAAACUAUCUUAAAAAUGAAGUGUUUCAAUUAAAUGAUUCAAUAAAUACCGAUGAUUUGAAUGACUUGAAUGACAAAUUAAGUAAUGAAUCAAAUGAUGUGAACCAGUCAUUUGAAUUGGAUUUAUGGGAACAGCUCGUCAACGAUCAGCAAAACCAGGAGAGGCAGCACAGGACUCAUACUGACUAUAGCCCUAACAGUGCUUUACACGUGGAUAUACUGGAUAUACACAACCAGUGAUGACAGUUGUUGUUG